UUUUGAGGCUGCGUGCGUCCUGACGUAAAGGUUACGUAAUGACGCCAUUUCCGGCUCCUCGAUCCUGCCCACAUAAACAUCGUAACGGUGAAGAUGGGAGCAGGAUAACGCCACCAAGCCAAAGUGAUGUCUUUUAAACUAACAGACAGUCAGAAAACCCCCCAGAUUCACUUCGCAUCAGCCGGAUAGCCCGACGCCAUGGAGGAGCCGUGGGAUUUCGAGUUUUUGUCCCGCAUCGCUGACAGCUGUCUGUCGUUUCUCUCCGAGUUUGUGGACGACUGGCUCGCCAACGAUAUGAGGGUCUCUAUAUUCAAAAUCCUGCUCAGCUGGCUCAUUGUCAGUCUGAUCGGGAUCCACUUUGCGUGGAAAGUCUACGGGAACACAGUGAACGAUAUGUAUUACCGACAAGGGACCGGACAGAACGGAGGCACACCUGACACAGCUCCUCACCUCGGUGGAUGGGAAAGUCGAGCAGGAGACACUCUGAAGACUCAUCGGGACUAACAAGACGAUGAUCUUUGAACUUUAUCCGAGUGAAGGCUGGACAGUUUGCAUCUUCCAGAGACAAUAAAUCCACGUUUUUACCUUCAGUGCAAUGACGAUCGUCUCCAGAUGGCUUCGUCUGCCGAUCCCUCACAGAAAAACGACUUUUAAUGUACAGCAACAGCAUCACACUGAGCAGAACCUCCUUCUGCAUAAAAAACUAAACUGAUGUUUGGCUAAAUGGUCCACUUUUUAACUUCUUUUCCAGUGGGAUCAUUAGAAAUGUGAAAAUGUUUGCAUGUGAACUGGGUGUGCUGUGUUUGUGGGACCAUACACGAGGGCAAACACUUGAUGUAAAUGGUGUCAGGAAGGACAAACACUGUAUGUUCCAUGUUAGAACACACAGGAUCUGGGAGACAGAUUAUCUAAUGGGAAGUCUGACCAUAACAGGACUGAGUGAGUGACAUUGAGUGCUGUGUACGUGCCUGAUUAUUGAUUAGAAUAAGUGUCUGCAGUAAACAGGGUCAUUUUUAUCACUGCUGUGUAAUACUGUGUACGGCCCUUUGGAAGACAGAUGCAUGAAAAUCAGCUCACAUCUUACAGAUUUUUGUGCUUUUUUUUGAUGAAUUUUAACAGCCUCUGUGCUUGUCAUGUCUACGGAGCAUUGUAUGCUUACAGCGUCUGUCAAAGUACCCAUGUCCUUUAACUCUUUCAGUUCAGCGGUGACCUACAGUAACCUCCUGUGCCAGUGAUAACAAAUGUUUACAAACCGAUCAAAACUAAGAACAGACGUACAGCGCAGACGUACAUUCACCCCAUCUACGAUGACUCAUCUACAUUCCACAUGUUAAAGGACAAACGUGUGAGAUUUAGGUGAAUAUAUUUGCAGAAAUGAAAUAAAAGUAUUCAUAUUA